GCUGCUAUUUGUGCCAGACUGCAGCCCACCGCGCAGGCGGCCAACAGCUUAUCGGACCAAACCAUUCCAGCUCUCCGGGUUCUAACACCUGCAGACACCAGGCGGUACACUAAAGAAAAAAGAGCUUAUAUUGCGGAUACGGGUGUCUACUUUGCGGUACCGUGGGAGUAUUUGGGACGCUGCCGCCCUGUGGACAUCCGCAGCCGAGGAGCUACGGCGAUGAUGCGCGUCCAAGCUGCGCCGGUACCCCCACGGUGAGAGCGGGCAGCAUCGCACACCGCCUGCAAUGGCGCUGUAGCCGCUUCCAAGUGUGUUCAUAAGGGCUCCGUAGUGGACUGGGACUCUUUAAAAAAAACGUGGGCUGGAAAUGUUCGUUUGGAAAGGUUGUGCAGCGAGAGCGUUGGAGUGUUGCUUUGUGCACAUCUCGGUGCUUUCACUUCAUGUGCAUCAAUCGUCAACCGGAGCCGAAGCCAUGACUGUGUGAGCAGUCCUGAAAGAAUUGGAAAAAAGACCCGAAAAAAAUCGAUUUGGCAGCACUGCAGUAGGUCAAACGAGGCCGCUCACUCCUGCGUUCUAAUGAGGCCACGGCGAUGCUGACACCCCCACUGAAUUCAAAGACAUCAUCAUGCUGAAGACGGAGGCCACGGCGGAGAGGACCAGCCUCCGGAGUGCCUCCCCUCACCGCAAUGCCUACCGUGCCGAGUUUCAGGCUCUCAAGAAGGCUUUCGACCAGCCUCAAAUCGAUGGAAAUUCCAAACCGAAGGACCUUGAACGAGCGAAACAACCGAGGGGCCGCCAGUAUGGCACACAUGUCAGCCGGAUUAAAGACAUGUUCAUGCAGAUGGGCUCGGAAAAUGCCAGCGGCAAGACAAGAGGGCAGGAUGAGACCUCACCUCAAAAGCUGGUCAAGCCCACUAACUUCAUUAACAAGGCUGAUGGAUCUGUGAUAAAACUCCAGCAUUCCUCAUCAGCGGAACGGGUAGGGGGCGCCGGAGCAAAGUUCUCUGAAACCAGGAAGUUGUUUGAACAGCAGUCACGCGACCAGUCCCAAUCACCAGUCUAUCCUUACGGACGUGAUAAAAGGGGUUCUCAUGAGCACCUCGAUGAUUGGCGGGGUGCGAGGUCCAACAGAGGCAGUACGGACUCGCUGGACUCACUGUGCUCCAGAACCGAGGCUUCAUCGCCGACUGUUAGCCAACUUAGCGCUGUUUUUGAAAAUGCCGACCAACAGAACCAGGGUAUGCCCUUCAGAGGGGUCAGCAGACGGGCCUUGUACUCACCGGACGGGUUCCAUCGCCAAGGAGGGGAUCUGAGUGAGGAUGACGCACGACAAUCGCCAAUACGUGGAACGUACCGAAAUAGGAUAGGGGGUAAGUUCCCUACGUCGUUGUCUGCCGAGGACCUACUGAGUCCAAGUCCAGGGGUGGAGACUGCAGAGCGAAAACCGGUCCUACGAGACAUGGAAGACAAAGCUGUAAGGAGGCAACUUUCUGGUGCCACCACCAAUGGAAGCCAGUUUAAUGGCUCGUGUGAUGAUGAGGAGGAGAAGUCCUCGGGAACAAGACAAUACAUCGAGGAGGACAUUGACGACUCAACUACUGAUGUGAUUAACAACAAACAUUUUAAGGAUGCAACACCUGAGGCCACCCCGAGUUCUCCAGUUGACCAAGAGGAUCUUACCAGAGAAGACAAGUCUACGGAAUCACCCAAAGAAGCGGAGGAACCUGAUGAGGAAUACACCGGGAAUGAGCGAGUGAUUUUUAACGCAGACGGGGACGCAUGUUACCAGGGUUGGGGGGAAAGUUGCACUGACCCAGAGGACGACUUAUAUGGCGAUGAUGAAGAUAUCGUCUACGAUCCGGGCUCUGAUAUGACACAGAUUCCUGGUCUUCCAGAGGAAAACAAAGAGGACAUCCCUGCAAAGAGGAAGAUCUGCUUCAGCACUGCUCCUAUUACUGUGUUCAACACCUACUCCAACGAGGAUUAUGACCGACGUAAUGAAGAGGUGGAUCCUGUGGCUUCCUCAGCGGAAUACGAGCUGGAGAAGAGAGUGGAGAAGCUGGAGCUCUUCCCUGUGGAGCUGGAGAAAGAUGAUGACGGUUUGGGGAUCAGUAUCAUCGGGAUGGGCGUGGGUGCAGAUGCAGGCCUGGAGAAACUGGGCAUCUUCGUCAAAACUGUCAUCGAGGGCGGAGCUGCAGAGAGGGAUGCCAGGAUCAAGGUGAACGACCAGAUAGUGGAGGUGGAUGGCACCAGCCUGGUGGGUGUCACACAGAGUUUUGCCGCCUCCGUCCUGCGGAACACAUCUGGAACUGUAAGGUUUGUCAUUGGCCGAGAGCGACCGGGCCAGCAGAGUGAGGUGGCCACGCUCAUCCAGCAGACCCUGGAGCAGGAGAGGCGACAGCGAGAGCUCCUGGAGCAGCAGUACGCUCACUACGACGCUGAUGAUGAUGAGCAGACAGGUGAGUAUGCCACGGAUGACGAGGAGGCGGGGCCUACCGCGGCGAGCGGGGAGAAGAGCAUAGAAGUGUUCGACCUCCCGGAAACGGAUGACGUCCUGUCCCCUUCUGAUUUGGACGCCACCAAACUCUACCAGAAAUUCAGAGAGCUCCAGAUCAAACACACGGUGACCGAGGCCGAGAUCCAGAAGCUUAAAAACAAGCUUGCCUCCGUAGAGAGAGAGAAGCAACGCUGGGAGAAAGAGAAGAGCCAGCUGAAGGCCAGCAUCGAGGAGAACAAGGAAAGGAUGCUGAAGCUAGAGAGCUACUGGAUCGAGGCGCAGACCCUCUGCCACACUGUCAACGAACACCUGAAGGAGGCCCAGGCGCAGUAUCAGACCUUAGAGAAGAAGUACAACAAAGCCAAGAAACUCAUCAAGGACUUCCAGCAGAAGGAGGUGGAGUUUGUCCAAAAGGAAGACGCAGAGAGGAAGCGACUGGAGGAGGCGGAGAAAGCUCACCUGGCUGAGAUCCAGGAACUGCAAGUCAGGAUUGCAACAUUGGAGUCAGAGCUGAUGCAGCUGAUGAAGCAGAACAACAUCCAGGUCAACAACAACAACAGCAACAGCGCCGAGAGGCAUCGCGCUCUGCCGCACAGUCCCAUCAAAGCUGCGGCGCCAGGCAGAGAACUGAGGGAGGGCUCUCCCCACUCACCCAGGAAAUUGAAGGGCUUCAGAGGAGACAGCAUCAGUUCCACGGAGGGAGAGGUCUCAGAGGGGCGCAGCAGUCCAGCGCAUAGUCGCUCCGGUUCCAUUCGUAGUGUGUCUUCUGUGGAUGGAGCGGCCCCCAAGGGUCCGGCCAGUGCUGAAGGCUCCCCCCGGCGACUCAACGAAGGUUGUCUUGCAACGUCGAGCCCCUCUCGACGUGGGGAGGAGCAGAGACCCGCCCCUGAUUCUGGUUGCACUGAGCCAUCAGCAGAGGACAGCCCACGGAAAUUCAAGGGACCCACUCUGAGUGAGGAUCUGAGUGCCAGCAGCAGCAGCUCGGUGGAGACCAGCGGGCUGCUCAGCGAAGCCAAAACAUUGGGACACAACUUGGCGCUCUCUUCUGAUGAGAGUCUGGAUAUGAUAGAUGAUGAGAUCCUGGAUGAAGGCCGGCUUUCCAAGCAGUAUCAGUGGCAGAACCGCAGCGUCGCAGAGUGGACCAUUCAGCAAGUGUCCCGCUGGCUCAUGGGCCUCAAUUUGGAGCAACAUAUCCCAGAAUUCACUGCCAAAAACAUAGAUGGUGAACAGCUGCUACAACUGGAAAGUGCUGACCUCAAGGUCCUUGGAGUCACUUCUUCCCAGGACCGCACCUUGAUCAAGAAAAAGAUUAAGGAUCUUAAGGUUCUGAUGGAGAAGGCCAAGAGGAACCGUGAGAAAGUGGAGAAACAACGUGAGAAACUCCGAAAGAGAGAGCAGGAGCAGCAGCAGCAGAAAGAAGCCCGAUAAGACAACUUGUAUCGCGUAUUACUCGUGGGUACCGAAAGUCAAAAGGCCCCACAAAUGAACCGUGUGGGAUGCCUUCUUACAGGUUUAAGCUCCAAAAUUACUGUUGGAGAUUUUGGGGAGAACUUUUUCUACCACCAAGCAAUUUAAACCAAAACAAAAAGCUGGGUUAAAGGAUUCUGCCCUUUCAUUUUGUCUCAUUUUACAUUGAUUCUUUUUAGGCAUUUACAAAAUGACUCUCUUCUAAUUUAUUUUAAUGUUUGUUGCUGUUCAUUGGUUUUAUUUAUUCACCUUCAGAACAUGUGAAAUAGUCAUUGCGUCUUUAUCCUAUAUCCAAUGCAGAGCUACCUGUUUUAGCCCUUCCAGGACCUUUGGAUGCAUCAACCCUGUACAGUGAGGAUUACUGAUGUGCCAUUUUAAUAAUAUUCCUCUUUAUGCUACUCUGAUACCUAGAUCACUAGUAGAACAUGGUAUGAUUCGACAGAAGCUGGACCAUACGGAGGCAGUGCUCGGAUAUCACCACUAGGUGUCGCCAUGCUGCUUUGUUUGACUGGAACUUUUCAACACUGGAAGUGCAAAUACUGUAAAUGUAACGUUAGGUCCUUGCAGCAUAAAUGUACCCAACACUUUAUGACUGAUUCUAAUGGAGAAAUUUGUAAAUGACCAAACCUAUUCCAUAAAAAACAAAUACAAAAAAAAAAAAUCACCUAAUACUUCCCUCUGAUAUAUACAAUAUACUGUUGCUUGUAAACCCGCUUUGACCUCUUUUUCUAUUCACUUUAAAUACCCAAAUGCUGCCUUUAGAAAUUUUAGAAAAUUUCCCUACAGUGAUCUUUUUUUUUUUUUUCCUGACAGAAAAAUCACAAAUGAUGUAAGACUACAAAUAUAUUUAGGACGGCAGCCAUAUACAGUAUAUAUAUAUAUGAUGUGUAAGGUUCUCCUCUGUGCUCAGGCAUUGUGAUAAAAAAAAAAUCUAGACUUUGAUGUUACACUGGAAAGGACAUGCAAUCCCUACCAGAGCAACACUGUUUGAUUUCUUUCAACAGGAUUCCGAUUAGUUGCUUCCGUGCAAUAAUGCAGUCCAUCUUUAUUUAUUUCUGUAUUUAAACUAAAUCACAAUUAUUUAUCCUGGAUUGUGGAAUUAAUUUCACCCCCCAAAUGUUAUAUAAAUUACUGUUUGAGCAAAAAUGUUAAGGCAUUUUAAGGAAAUUGAGGAUGCGUACGGGAGAAUUUAUCCCACUUGGUGUGAUGAAUCCAACGUAUAUAGAUGAGACACUGGUGCUCAUGGCAGGCCAAAACAAAAACAAUGUUUGAGUCGUGCCCAUAAAGGGCUGAGUUGACAUUUUGUCUUUCACAUAGUUGCCACAGUAUGCUUAUGUUCCUCUUCCUUUAUCUUGCUCAAGUUUUUUGCAUUCUGAAAAAGUUUGAAAGGGCAGCUAUGAUUAACCUGUCACACCCAAUAAAAUGUGCUGUCACUGA